GAGUUCGCUCUUGCCCCCUUGUUUGAAAUUUGGCUAGCCAACAUGGCGGACGAGCUGGAUGUCGUUGAUAUCGAAGGAGACGAAUAUGAUCCUGAUUUAGGGGACUUCGGUGACAGAGCAGCGCUACUCCAGAACCAGUACAUGCAGUCAGCAUGGAAGACCAAUACUGGCGCCCUACCGUGGGAACUGGACCGCUCCAUCAGUGCAGAGAACAGAGAAGUGAUCGAGAACAUGCUGAUGGAGGAACAGUAUUAUCUGACAGGUAAAGAGAUGCCUGAGAGUGUGUGGGCCAACGCUCCAACUAACCCUAAACCCAAAUUGAAGAGGUCUCCAGCCAAGUCCUCAGCUUCAGGCUCCUCGACAGCCACUCGCUGGUCUCAGCAGGAGAAGGUGCUGUUUGAGACAGGACUGGCUCAGUUUGGCCGUAGAUGGACUAAGAUCUCCAAGCUGGUAGGCAGCCGGACCGUUUUCCAGGUGAAGAGCUACGCCAGACAGUACUUCAAACACAAGACUAAAUCAGAGGGCAAUACUACUGCUGUGGCGCCCCCUACAGCCCCGGGGGUGUUAGGCCAUGUCCCAGAGACAGGCUCAGCAUUCUCCACCUCUGGCCUGUCUGUCCCCAGCCAUCUGUCAGCUCUGACCAACGUUGUCCGGAUAGAGAGACUGGGUGACGAAGAGGAGGAGGAGGUGGACAUCACUGAUGACCUCAGCGAUGAGGGAGGGAGUGGAGCAGGAGUUGGAGUGAUAAGAGCAGAAAAUGGACGAGAAAACAGAAGGAUUGAGGGGAAGGGAGAGGACCUUCAGGCAGGAGUUAAUACUGAGACAUGUGAGCCUGGAGCCCCAGAGGAGCUGGACAACCAGGGAGAGACCCACCAGGACCAAUCCAACAAGACACUCCCCAGGCUGGGAGAGACUGAUCAGGAGCAGCCUAACUGUAGCCCUCCAUCCUCUCUCACAGCCCCUUCCCCCUGCCUAGCAGAGCAGGCCCCCAGUGGACAGUGUGAGGGGGGCAUCGCUGAGCCCCAGAGGGACCCAGUAGAGUCUGGAGAGGAGACGGGGGGGCCUAGGUGGACAGAGGCAGGGGAGGGGGAUGAGUCUGAAGAGGAAGAGGAGGAGCUUAAAUACCCAGAGCAGGAAGUGGAGCUGGACCCGGCAACCAUCACAGAGGAGGAGAAACAAGCUAUCCCAGAAUUCUUUGAGGGACGACCAUCCAAAACCCCAGGGAGAUAUCUGAGGAUCAGGAACUACAUCCUGGACCAGUGGUUGAAGAGUAAGCCCAGGUACUUGAACAAGACGUCAGUGCGUCCUGGCCUGAAGAACUGUGGAGAUGUGAACUGUAUUGGCAGAAUACACACCUACCUGGAGUUGAUAGGAGCCAUCAACUUCAACUGUGACCAGGCGGUGUAUAACCGUCCCAGGAUGGUGGAUCGGUCCAAACCCAGAGACAGCAGAGACACUCUGGAAUACCAAUUGGCACAGAGACUACAGAGCAUGCGAACCAGGAAGCGUCGUGUGAGGGACGUGUGGGGGAACUGGCGUGACGCUAAAGACCUGGAGGGACAGACAUACGAGCAUCUGAGUGCAGAGGAGCUAGCCCUGAGGAGAGAGGAGAUGAGACGGCAAUCUAAACCCUGUAAGGUCUCCAGGCACAGAAGGUUGUUGGAUCCGUUCCAGUUGAUUCCGUGCCGUGUGUUUGGAGAGGACAGACCGGAGCCCUUCCAGGUGAUGGUGUGUGCUGAGGCUCUCCUCGUCAUGGACAUGCAUGCUCAUGUGUCAAUGGGAGAGGUUAUCGGCCUACUGGGAGGAGCUUACAGCGAGGAGGACAAAGUCCUGAAGAUCUUUGCAGCGGAGCCUUGUAACAGUGUGAGUACAGGUCUGCAGUGUGAGAUGGACCCGUUGUCUCAGACUCAGGCCUGUGAGAUGCUGUCUAGCCUGGGAUCGGCUGUAGUGGGAUGGUACCACUCUCACCCCACCUUCCACCCUAACCCCUCUCUACGGGAUAUACACACACAGGACCAGUUCCAGAGUUAUUUCUCUCGAGGCGGAGCCCCCUUUAUUGGGAUGAUUGUGAGUCCGUUUGACCCCGCUAACCCCUCCCCACAUUCCCAGACCACCUGCCUGAUGGUCAGAGACGACCAAGGACCUACAGGACCACAGAAGCUGCCCUACAGGUUUGACUACCAGUGUUCCCAGCAGCAGCCUGACUGGGGCCAGCUGAUGAGGAGAGCAGAGUGGAUCAUCUGCAAAUAUAAACAUGCCCACGGCAGCGUCCAGAUGGACAGGCUGUUCCGCAGGGACUCUCAUCUCACCUGUCUAGAGAAGAUGAUGGCAUCUUUAGGGAGAUAUCUGGAGCCCCUGCCAGAGGAGGGAGAUCCCUUCCUUUCCCAGAUCCAUGCUCUCUUCCAGUCUCACUUUAUUUCCGAGCAACCCAGAGACCAGGAUGAGGGCGGAACCUCUGGCUCCCCAGAGCCAGUCAACACCCAUGCCUUCCCCUUCGCUCAGCCAAUCAACGUCAACUUAACAGAAGACACAGGAACACAGGAAAACUGGGAGAAUGAAUCGGUCUCUCCAACUGAUCAUUUAGAAACGCCUAAUAUCAAAACUAUUAACUCACACACAGCCAAAGAAGAGAUCUUACAUCCAAUACAGUUUGGUUCUGUGUUGUUGACUGGUCAUGAUUAUCUAUUCUGAAUCUAAUAGGUUUCUUUAUGUAUCCAGUUCUUAGUUUUUUUGCUCGUUUUUUAGGUUCAUUAGUAGGCGUACUUGAUUUAGCUCGACUGCAGCUCUCGAGAACACAAGGGGGUUUACAUCAAGUCCCCAUCUUGGGUUCUCAGCAGAUGGUAUGGAGUACAGCUGGCUCCAUGUGAACUACAUUCCCAACUAUUUGUUUUAACAUUUAGAAACGUUAGUAAUCCUUGCGAUACGGUUUUGGAAACAUUUGGAACUCAACUUUCAGUAACAGCUAAAUAUAGGAUUACUGUACGCAGUUUAGCAAAGUUUCACCGACUGGAACACAGCCUCCAAAUUCUGUCUUGUUCAUAUGAAAGUUAAGUUCAAAAUAUUUGCAAAACAUUCCGUGCGAGGCGUAUUUGCGUUUAGGCAGCAUUUGGACAGCGUUGGGGAAUUUGCCUCACAAGGCUAAAGGGGAGAUCCAAUGGCUCAAAGUAAUUGAAUAAGGGUUAUCUCAACUGGUACACUAGGUGGAGUUUUUUUCCAAAAGGGAAAACUGUUCUUCCCUGUGGUUGCACCGGGCUAGCUAAAUCAAGUGUGCCUACUGUUUUAUAUGUCUGUAUUGAAUUAACAAAACCAACAAGUGAUGAAUCAAUAUCACAUUUUUAAAUGUUAUUCAUCGCAUAUGUAUUGUAGGUUAUACCAAUCCACCUUUCAAAUAAAAGGAUUGAAAGUCGGAACAUUUAAA